AUUUCCAGUUUGGAAAUAGUCGUGUCGAGUUUGCGUGGUCGAAGGGUUUGGUUGUCGUCCAGGCGAAAGUGAAAAUGGAAUCAGGUGAUAAACAAUUGGAAAUCACCGGACCCGUAAUUUGGGUUUUGGGCGGUCCAGGAUGCGGCAAAGGAACCCAAUGUGAUAAAAUCGUUGCCAAAUAUGGGUUUACCCAUUUAUCGUCUGGUGACCUUCUGAGGGCCGAGGUUGCGACUGGAUCAGAAAGGAGUCAACAGAUUAAUGAAAUCAUGAAGCGCGGAGAAUUAAUUCCUUUGGAUAUCAUCUUAACUCUUCUGAGGGAGGCCAUGAGCAAAGUAGUUGACACCAAGGGAUUCUUGAUCGACGGUUAUCCGCGCGAGAAGGAUCAAGGCAUCUUGUUCGAGGAAAAAGUUGCUAAAGUAUCUGUGAUCUUGUUCUUCGAAGCCGACGACAAGGUGCUCACCGAUAGGAUCCUCUACAGGGAGACUUCGGGCAGAUCUGACGACAACGAAGAGACCAUCAAACUGAGAUUGCAAACUUUCCAUCGUUACACUGACCAAAUCACAGAGCAUUACGCAAGUGUCCUGAAAAAAAUUAACGCCGAAAGGAAUCCGGACGAUAUCUUUGCUGAAGUUCAAAGUUAUUUGGACCCACUUGUUAAAUAAGU